GCGUGACUCGUGUCUCAGGCUGCAGUUUAUGACAAGUUCACUACAAUAGCAUUUAGUUCACCCUGCCAAUGUGUAAGUAUCAAACCAUAACAUUACGUAUAUUUUAAAAAUAACCAUUGUACAGAAUUGAUAGUUUUUUAUUAAUUAAGUUAAAUGUAAGGGACAUUCGUUGUUUUUGUGUGACUCAGUCUUUCCUGAUAAGGCUGAUGAUGUCAUUGUGCUGUGUAAGCGAGAAUUUAAGUUUCGGUUUGUAUCACCCUUCAAAGUGUAGUAAUUUCAGUUAAAUAUAGAAGAGCACAUCACUCUGUUUUACAUUCAUUAUGAGUGCUGAGUGAAUUCCAUGGCAGUAAACUGCUCACAAACUGCACCCUGAGACACGAGUCACGCUCUAGAUUCUGUGCGGAUGGAGGAAGCCCCUGGGAGCAGCUGCGUCAUUCUGGACGCUUCUGGCUCCCCCUGGCAUCUGCUCGUAGCUACUGCCAGGGCUAUAAAAGCAGCUCCUGUAGCUGCACUGGCAGAACAUCGGCGGAGGAGGGAGCAGCGCUCACAGCUGAAGCGAGCCUCACUGUGAAGCACAUCAACAAGCAUGGCCCUGAGUGUUUACUUCCCUGCGAUGCACGUGAUGGAGAGGAGCGUCUGGCCAGGCUGGCCGGUCUGGAACCCCCGCGGUGAAAGUCUCUUCCAGCAGCUGCAGCGAGACAUGAGGAGCGAGAUCGAGAGGAUGGAGAGAAUCUUCCGUGGAGUCGAUCAGCUCAGCAGCCACACGCGGGCCCCGGGCAGCCACGGAGACGCACUGCUGCAGCAGCCGGCCGUGAGCAGUGGGUUCCAGAUUGAAGAUCCACAGGAGCAGGGAGGCGGGUUUGUCGCGUCCCUGGACGUGCAGGACUUCUCCCCACAGGACCUGGCCGUGAAGGUGUCUGGAGACAAGCUGGUGGUGGCCGGACGGCGCGAGGUGAAGAGCGGAGAAGUCAGCAGCGGCAGCUACAGCCACAGCUGCCAGGAGUUCCACAGGGAGACGCAGCUGCCCAGGGACGUGGACCCGCAGAGCGUGAGCUGCUGCUUGACUGAAGACGGGAAGCUGAAGUUCAAGGCUCAGCGCCGCGCCCUCCCUGCAGCGGCCGAGAGGGUGGUGGUCAUUGAGCAGCCAGCGACAGCGACUCCUGGCACGGCCUCUCAGUCCACUGGCACCACUCACGCGUAGAGUGGCGCCUGGAGCAUCCAUUCCAACAACCUGCUUCAUUGAUGUUUUAAUUGUGUGGAUAUUUAGUUAAAUCAGUUUCUUCUAUCCACGCUAUGUUCAGUAAUAUUUACGUGUUUCAGCGUUUACAUUCAACUUCAUUGGAUUAAGUGUAUCGCUGUAAAGGAUUGUCAAAUUGUAUCGCAUCGUUUUAAUUUGCCAUUACACGUUCAUAUAUUGCAAUAAGAUAAUGAUAAAUGUUAUCUUCAAGUAUUUUUCAUCAUUACACAUGACUAUUUUCCACAGUCUAAUUUUCGAACUACUAUAAUACUAUAGUGUUUGUGUGAAUUUUAAUGAUGUUUGUUUUUUGUAAUAAAAUGCCUUUCAAUUUC